AUGGCGUCCACCACCAUCCCCGACAUCUCACUGCUGUUCGAACAAGCCCGACUGCAGAUCCAACUCUUCGUCCUCCAAACCGACCUCUACCUCUUCCAGCUCCUCCCACCUCUUCGUUCCACCACCAUCCGUUCCCCGACAAGUCUCAUCUUCACCGCACUCAUCAUCCUCAUCAUUCAACGGUUCGGCUCGUACUUCAGCGCGUACAUCGCCGAACUAGGUGUACCUAUCACCAUCGCUGCACCUCCUCAAGCUCGGCCGGGGUGGACGGGGGAGGUUCUGACGAAACCGAGCAUACGGGAUGCUUCGCAGCCGGGAAAGAUCGUAUGCUACGAUCCGGCGACAGGCUAUCGAAUCGAUGAGGUGGAUGCGGAUACAGCCGAGACCAUCGCGGACAAGCUCAGCAAGGCGAGACGCGCGCAGCUCAUGUGGAGUCGAUCGAGCUUUGCGCUGCGACGAAAAGUUCUUCGCACUAUGAAGAACUGGGUGGUGAACGAUUCAGAGACUAUCGCAAGAGUCGCAUCGCGCGACACUGGCAAGACGGCCAUCGAUGCAGCCUUCGGCGAACUCCUCACCACCCUCUCCAAACUCCAGUGGACCAUCGCCAAUGGCGAGAAGGUGCUCAGGACGGAAACCCGUCCCAACAACCUUCUAUUGAUGCACAAGGUCUGCCAGGUCAAACACGAACCCAUGGGCGUAGUCGUCGCCUGCGUCAGCUGGAACUAUUCGGCGCACAACGUGCUGGGUCCCAUCAUCAGUUCGCUUUUUGCGGGUAAUGCGGUGAUCGUCAAAGCGAGCGAAAUGGUCGCAUGGUCAGCACAUUACUUUAUCAACAGCGUGAGGGAGUGUUUGAGGCAGAGCGGGGUGGAUCCGGAGUUGGUACAGGUGGUGACGUGUUGGCCGGAGACGGCAGAGGUGUUGACGGGAAGUGCGGAGGUGAACCAUAUUACGUUCAUCGGCUCGGAGGAGGUGGGGAGGAAGGUGGCGAUGACAGCGACCAAGGAGCUGACGCCCGUGACGUUGGAGUUGGGCGGAAAAGAUCCUGCGAUCAUGCUGAAGGAUGCGGAUCUAAAGUUCUUCGCAAGUACGUUCAUGAGGAGUUGUUUCCAGGGUAGUGGACAGAACUGCAUUGGGAUCGAGAGGUUUAUUGUGGACGAAUCGAUCGCAGAGAAGUUGGUCGGAAUUGUCGAGCCUAGGAUUCGUGGGUUGAAGUUGGGCAGUUUCAUGGAUGAUGCUCCCUUCGGUACGUCCUCCAAAGCCAAGGACGGCGAGAGGGUGGACAUGGGAGCCAUGAUCACCGAUGCACGCUUCGAUCGUCUCGAGCAGCUCAUCUCCGACGCCGUUGCUCAAGGCGCCCGUCUACUCGUCGGUGGCAAACGCUACAUCCAUCCACGCUGGAAGCACGGACACUACUUCACACCCACCCUGCUCACCGACGUCAAACCAUCCAUGGCCAUCGCCCAAGAAGAGCUCUUCGCACCCAUCUUCCUCAUCCUCCCCUUCGCCACCACCCAACUCGAUUCCGCCCUCCACAUCGCCAACUCGACGCGCUACGGUCUCGGCUCCUCCGUCUUCGGCAGCAACCUCGACCACUGCACCUACAUCGCCGAUAGGCUCCACUCCGGUAUGGUCAACAUCAACGAUUUCGGUGUCAGCUACCUCAACCAAGGCCUACCGUUCGGUGGGGUGAAGAAGAGCGGAUACGGCAGGUUUGCAGGUCCAGAGGGUCUGCUGAGCUUGACCCAGGCCAAAGCGGUGACUAGGGACAGGGCGUUCAGUUGGAUCAGGACAGGCAUCCCUCCGAGACUGGAUUACCCGAUGGAGAGGCCGGCCAAAUCGUGGGGCUUCGUCAAUGGAUUGGUGAGGUUUGCGUACGGAGGGGGAGUGGUGGCGAGGGUGCGAGGUGUGGCCGAUCUCAUUGUCUAUGGCGCGUGA